AUGAAUUGCCCUUCACGCACCGACGAAACCCUCGAUCAUCCCGACUGGAAUCAGAACCCACCCGCUUUGAACGCAGACGUCACCACCCGAAGUGACUUCAACGGGCUCGCCAAUUCUAAGGUCCAUAGGCGGCACGCAUCGGGGAUGGGGGGCGCUUCAGAGGAAGGUGUCUCGGCAAUGGAUCAUCGACCGCAUAGUCUAGACGGGAAUGAGACCGAGAUAGAGGAGAAAUGCCCCGGUGGGGUGGUCUCUGUCGCCCCUGGGGAUCAUAUCCCCGGGGAAGACAGCAGAUCUCCCUGCCGUUCUUUCAAAUCAACCAUCUUUUCAUAUCCUGCCCAUGUGGCGCAAAGUCUUGUCAAAUUUGGCCGGUUCAUAGGCCCCGGCUUUCUGAUCGCAGUAGCCUACAUUGACCCUGGAAACUACUCCACCGAUGUGGCAGCAGGCGCAAAAUAUCGUUACGCUCUUCUGUUCAUCGUGCUCGUCUCCAAUUUGUUUGCUAUCUUUCUCCAGUCUCUGUGUGUUAAGCUUGGCACAGUGACCGGGCUUAACCUUGCGGAGAACUGUAGGGAACACCUUCCGAGAUGGCUCACUAUUGUUCUGUACGUCUUUUCAGAAGCUGCCAUUGUCGCCACUGACAUAGCAGAGGUAAUUGGAUCGGCGAUUGCGCUCAACCUUUUACUCAAAAUCCCUCUAGUUGCUGGAUGUGCGAUUACUCUAGCUGACGUCCUCUUUAUCCUCAUCUUUUACCGACCAAAUGGGGCUAUGUGGGGGUUGCGUCUGUUCGAAUUCUUCGUAAUGCUUCUUGUACUGGGGGUUGUGAUUUGCUUCUGCAUCCAGCUUUCGCUGAUCAAAGAGCAAUCUGUUGGCGAUGUUUUCCGGGGCUACUUACCAUCAUCUGCCAUCGUCCAAUCAGAAGGUCUGUAUCAAAGUUGCGGCAUUCUCGGCGCAACGGUAAUGCCGCACUCGAUGUUCCUAGGCAGCGGAGUGGUUCAAUCGCGACUGAAAGAAUUCGAUGUUACUCAAGGCUACGUGGAUCCAUCCGUCUGCCUCGGAAGCACCAGUGGUGAGGUCGAGUAUAGACCCUCCAUCCAUGCCAUUCGGGGUUGCAUGAAAUACUCAAUCAUUGAGCUUACCUUGUCGCUAUUCACAUUUGCCCUGUUUGUGAAUAGCGCCAUUCUCAUUGUUGCAGGUGCCUCGCUCUAUGGCACUCCUGGGGCAGAUAAUGCGGACCUCUGGGGCAUCUACGACUUACUUUCCAGCUCAGUUGCUCCUGCGGCGGGUCUGAUAUUCGGGUUAGCGCUCCUCCUCUCUGGUAUCUCUGCAGGAAUCGUCUGUACCAUGGCGGGGCAGAUGGUAAGCGAGGGGAUGUUGAACUGGACCAUCAGACCCUGGCUCCGUCGAUUGAUUACCCGAUCGAUCAGUAUCAUCCCUAGCAUAAUCAUCGCGGCUGCCGUCGGCAAGGAUGGAUUGGACAAGACCUUGAAUGCCAGCCAAGUGGUUCUGAGUGUCAUCCUUCCCUUUGUCAGCGCUCCUCUCAUCUACUUUACAUGUCGCAACCGUUACAUGACCGUCCCAACUGAGCGGGUCUUCGAGGGCGGAGAAUCGGCGCCGGGAGGAGUCAAGAUGAAAAACAAUCUCUUCGUAACCAUCAUCGCUGUGAUUGUCUGGUUGAUUAUUGUGGUGAUGAACAUUGCGCUUCUUGUUCUCCUUGGCCUCGGCAAGGCUUGA